CAUGCAAAUGAUAAUUGUUGUUGUGUUCUGAUGGUUGUGAAGAACAAAGUCAACUGUUAAUCAGCAGUACUUCAAAAUCAGCAACAAUGCUGUUGCUUUGGCGUAAAAGUUAUUUUGGUUUUGUUCUCAGACGUGGUUUGUGCCGAAUAGUUCGGGCAAAAUCGAAAAAGAAUUGUCGUUUACUUCUGAUAUUUAUCAAUCACACAAUUUAUUCGGCAUUAGAUCAAGAAACGCAAUAAGAGCGAUGACGCAAUUACGCGUUCCCACUUCUUCCAAAAUGAAUGCUGUUCUUCUUUCCGAAUAUGGGGGCUCGGAGAACUUAUCAUGGGGUGAAACCGAUCUACCUUUGGGUCCGAAAGACGGGCACAUAAUGAUUCAGGUUAUAGCUGCUGGAGUGAACCGACCGGAUAUCAUUCAAAGAAAAGGUGAUUAUCCCCCGCCUACAGGAGAAUCAGAGAUUCUAGGUCUAGAGGUGUCUGGAUAUGUCGUGAAAUGCGGCAAUAAUUCUUCGAAGUUCAAAAUAGGAGACCGUGUUUUUGCUCUUUUGCCUGGAGGAGGUUACGCUCAAUACGCAACCGUCGACGAACGUCUGGCAAUGGCAAUUCCGCAGAACAUGGAAUUCAAAACAGCAACUGCGAUUCCGGAAAACUGGUUGACUGGGUUCCAGUUGUUGCAUUUGGAAGCCAAGGGGUUUCUGGAUUACUUGAAGGGAAAGCAAGACACCUCGGCCUUAGUGCAUGCAGGAGCGAGCGGAGUGGGAACUGCUUUGAUUCAAUUGACUCGAGAUCUGGGUAUGAAGUGUUACGUUACUGCAGGAUCAGCGGAGAAGAUUGACUAUUGUCUUGCCCUUGGCGCUACAAGUGGUACCAAUUACAAAAUGCACCCCAAAUGGGAUGAAGAACUGGCUCACCAUGAACCCAAAGGCGUUGACAUCAUCCUAGAUUCAGUUGGCGCAUCUUAUUUUGGCCAGAACAUGAAGUCCCUGAAAACUGAUGGCUAUUAUGUUCUUUAUGGUACGCUGGGAGGGUCGAAACUUGACGGAGAAAAUUUGGGCUGGAUUCUUAGAAAAAGACUGAACGUUUUCGGAUCGACUUUAAAAAGCCGUUCAAUGGGAUACAAAAGUUCUCUCGUGAACAAGUUUGAACAUGAAGUUGUCCCAAAAUUUGAAAGCGGCCAGUUCAAAGUAUCAAUUUACGAAGAGUUCUCAGCGGUAGAUGUUAAAAAGGCACACGAUAUGAUGGAAUCUAAUAAAAACAUGGGAAAAAUUGUUCUAGCUAUUACUGAAUAGCUUAAAAAAUCUCCAGAUUUAAAAGCUUGUGGAGCUUAUUUUAAGCUUUAAUCCUAUUUGGAGAAAUAAUGAAAAAUACAGUUUCUUUUAGACC